GCUAGAUUCACGCAAGUAAAGCAGCGUGUAAAAACAGCAACAAGAAAAACCCAGAGAGUGAGAGUUGAAAAAGAGAGUUUGACCAGGGUUGCAAAAUUUCAUCGUUUAGACUAGAAAUUUCAACAGAUGACAAAAUUUAAGAAAAAUUAAAUUUAACAAGUUAUCCUCAUAGUUAAAAAGAAGGACAAUGCUCUGGUACUACAAGUUGCUGGCCCGGCGACCCCACUUUGUCGUGGUCGCCGUCGGUGUCUUCUCCGUGGCCUGCAUCGUCGUUGCACUCAUCACCAAAAAGCUGCCCGAUUUCGACGAUCCGACGCUUGGCUUUGAAGCCCGGGGCACCUCGAUCGGACGACGAUGGACGGCGUGGCGAAAUCUGCUCGAGGAAACCAGCCCUUCCGGAAGGUUGAUCGCCAACCCGAAAGAGCUGAUCAGCGAGCGGGAUGCGCAGUCCGGGUUGGCGGCCGGAAGUGAGUUCGGGGGUGUUCGAAAGCGCAAGAAAAACAAGAAAGCAAACGGAAUGAACGGCAAGAAGCGACCCAAGGGAAACAAGAACAUUCGGAUAUUGAAGGAACUUAGCACGCUGAACAAGUCCAGCAACGGAGAGAUGAUAAGCUUUGAAGAGUACGACAACGAUACGUUCAGCCUGCGGCAUGACAACUGGGAAUACGGCAAGAACAUGACUUUCUAUCCGGAUGAAACGGGCAACAAGACAGUCGAGAAGAAACGGGCCAAAUGGGACACGUUGCGCAAUCUGAAGCCGCCGCCGGACAUCGUCGAGAUGCACAUUCCAGCUGAUGGGUUCUUCUGCGAGUCGCCAAACAAAGAGUUCGCCCACUUUGUGGUGCAGCGCGUCAAUUACAACCUCAACGACACCCUGUUCGAGCUGAACGCCUUCCUGGCGAUGUGCGACCUGGAGCAGAAAAUCGUCCAAACCUCGCUGUACGAAGACCUCUGCCAAAAGGAACUCACCAGCGACAACUGCUGCCGGCCGUGGUCGGUCGUAAACUACGUCACGUUCCUGUCCAACAAGAGCAGCUGCUUCGACCUGGACGAGGAGGACAUUGCGAUGGUCAAGACGCUGCUGUUUGAUUGCUUCCAAUACUACCACAACAUGAAGCUGAGCAACGAUUGUGUGCGGUCCAGCUGUGUCGUUCCGCCUCCCUGCAAACAGCACAACGCCGUCUACAACAUUCUGCACUACCUGGCGGAUGUGGAAUUCAUCAAGCUCAAUGAAUCGGCCGAGUUUCUCAACGCGACCAUGAUUUUCCUGCCGAUCGCUCGGAGCACCAAAUCGUUGGAGUUUUACCACAACCUGCAGCAGGAGAACCUCGGCAACGAGCUGGUGGCGGUUGUGGCGAUGGAUAUGGGCCUUAAGUUUGCCCUGUUUGACGAGUGUCUGCUGCGGGACGGAUGGCUCGUCGGGCUGGGCGGAAUCUUCGUUGUGAUUUCGAUGUGGCUGUACACCAAGUCGCUGUUUGUGACGUUAAUGACGGUGGUUGCUGUGAUCUUUUCGCUUGGCAUCGCCUACUUUAUCUACACGCUGAUAUUUGAGCUUUCGUUCUUUCCGUUUAUGAACCUGCUGGCGGUGAUCGUCGUCGUUGGAAUCGGUGCGGACGACGCGUUCAUCUUCCUCAAGAUCUGGCAGUGUGUCAUUGCGGAUCGGAUGAAGGCCACCGGAGCGGUUGUCCCUUUAGGAGGACCAUCAACAUCGUCCUCCUUCGUGUCGGAGGGAGGCAAUGGAACCGGUGGUGGUGCAGUGGGGCCAGGUGCGGCACCGUCGGAUACCCUCGUCGGGAUCAUGGCCAGUACGCUGAAACACGCGGCUCUAUCGAUGCUGGUCACGUCGCUGACGACGGCAGCGGCAUUCUACGCGUCCUACGUCAGCUCCAUCACGGCCGUGCGGUGCUUUGGGAUCUUCUCCGGUACGGCCGUCAUGGCCAACUACGUGAUCAUGAUCACGUGGCUGCCGGCGGCGGUUUCGAUUGCCGAGCGAAUCACGUGCGUUUCGUUGGGGAAACCCGUGGAGACGAUGCUGGCACGGUUGGCCGCGCCCUUUCGGGCCAUCAGUCAAUUAGGCAGGAAGGUCGAGGACGUCAUUAUUUCGCUGGUGAUUAGCGUCCCGUUGUUGUGGAUUGCAUUGUUAGGAAUAAUCGGAAUCUUGAGUGGAGUGAUGGUGCUACACUGGCCCAAGCUGCGGCUGCCGGAUUCGCCCGAUUUUAAGCUCUUCAUCAGCAACCAUCCAUUCGAGCGGUACGACUCCGAAUACAAGGACAUGUUCUGGUUCGAGAAGAUCUACAGUACCUCGGACUCGUUCAAGCUGCCGCUGCGCUUCGUGUGGGGCGUCCAGCCCGUCGACCGGGGCAACUUCCUCGAUCCGGAACGCCGCGGUUUGCUCUACUUCGACGACAGCUUCAACAUGAGCGCGCCCGAAUCGCAGCAGUGGCUCCUCGGCUUCUGCAAGAGCCUCAAGAACCAGACCUUCUACCAGAUGAGCUACGGACUGCUGCUGCCCAACUGCUUCAUCGAGAACUUUAUCAACUGGAUGGCCCGCCGGUGCAACGACUCGAUGGGCGAGAUCGAUCGGACGCCGUGCUGCGAGGUGUCGCUUUCCUUUGCGCCGGACGUGUUUGAGCUGUGUCUGCCCGAGUCGAUCUCGAGUUUGUACGAGACACCGCGGGAGUUUUUCAUUCCGGGCGUGGCGGGGCCAAAGUUUGCCCGGCAGAGCGCGAAUGGGACGGUUGUGAAGGCGGUGGUCAUUGAGUUUGAGAGUAAUCAGGUGUUUACGAUGUCUUACGGGGAGAUUGAUGGUUUUGUGAGGACGGUUGAGGGGUGGUUUGGGCAGAUGUUGGAGGACGCACCGGCGGGGAUGGCGAACGGGUGGUUUACGAGUGAGUUGGAGUUUUUUGACCUGCAGGACACGCUUUCGACGGGGACGUUGGUGGCGAUCUGUAUGGCGAUGGGAGUGGCGUUGUUGGUGCUGCUGCUGGUGACGUUGAACGUGUUGAUCAGUUUGUACGCGAUCGUGACGGUGACGUUUACGAUUCUGACGACGGUGGCCGUUUUAGUGCUGCUGGGUUGGAAGUUGAACGUGCUGGAGAGUGUGGCGGUUAGUACGGCGAUUGGGUUGGCGGUUGAUUUUAGCCUGCAUUAUGGCGUCCAUUAUCGGCUGGCGACCGACUCGGAUCGGCGUUCGUCGACGCACUUUUCGUUGACCCGGAUGAUUGGACCGACGGCGAUGGCCGCGCUGACGACGGGAAUUGCCGGUGCGUUGAUGCUUCCCUCGACGAUUUUGGCCUACAUCCAGAUCGGUGUCUUCCUGGUGAUUGUCAUGUCCAUCAGCUGGAUCUACGCGACGUUCUUCCUGAUGAGUUUGCUGCGCGUGAUCGGACCGCAGUACGGCUUUGGCCAGUUUCGGUAUCCGAAGCUGCGAUCAGCCCUGCGGGACAGCACGAAAGGGCAGAUGGACGGAACCGCCCGGCUCAACCAUCACCACAAUCCGGUGUCCGAGCAGCUGCUGUCCAACUCGAGUUCCGCAGCCGGCGAGCUGGUCGGUUCCGAAUCCCACGAACUGGACUCGCUCACCUCGAACUCGAUCAUCAAACCGAUCAACCUGGACAUUUCGCGCCCGAUCAACUUCGAUCGGGCGUUCAAGAAGAAGUACUCGCUGCCGCGGGAACACAGCCCCUCGACGGCCAGCGCCAUCACGAUGGUCCUUCCGGACGACGUAGACUUUAAGAACGGAUAAUAAGAAGAGGUGUAGUUGUUGUUCUAGAGCCCGCCCCGUUGACUGUUUGAGCAUUUAGGAAAUGUUUAUUCUCGAGCUUAUGAUCAGUAUCAGUAUCAGUUUAACCGUAAAUGUCAUUUGUUUUUAAGCCAUGGACUGUUGCACAGUAGUGAUCAAUGUGUAAGUAUGUGUGUUUGUACUUAUGUAAGUAACGCGUGCCAAAUUGCGUGCACAAAUUAAGAAGAAAGUAUACUUAUUUAGUCAGGUUAAACCGUGCCAAAAAGAGGAGGAAAGAAGAAAGCGCAACACUUUAUAUGUUUUUAAGUCAAGUCAAUCAAAAACCUUUGACAAUAUCUCUACUUACUUAAACACGGACGCAGUCAUUAUACUCGUGAGAGAGAGAGAGAGAGAAAGAUUAGUUUCGAGGCGUAGUAGAAGAAACCAGUAUAUCGUUGUGAAACACAUACCAUUAAAGAAGAAAACCUAACUCGCUUUAGAGUAAUUUGAAACUAAACAGAGGCAGCAUUUAUUUAUGUGGACAGCAGCAGAAGCCGUGUGCAUAUUUGUUAGUAGAAGAAAAAAAAAAAAACAAUGUGUGUGUGUAAAAACUAGAAAAACAAGAAAACUUUAUCAAAAUGGCGAAAAACCAUUGCGCGCGCUGUCUCUGACACAGUGAAAACGGAAGGAGGAUCUCAUCAAAUGAUUAUAUUUAUACUUUUUAAAACUGAACAAACAAAUUAAGCUAACGUUUAGUGAAGAAUCAGACCGUGUGAGGCAACUGUAACGCUCAAAAAAAUAAGAAAAAGAAGAAGAAAAUUAUUGUGAAACACAAUUAUAUAACGUUUUGUGAUAUAUACAUAAACAUUAGAGGACGAAGAAAACGAAUAAGUUUUAAAAAAUCAGCUAGUAUAGUUGAGAAGAAAGAAAAAUAAGAAAAAAAAAACGCGUGCGUACGUUUUCGACGUGUAUGAAAAAUGAUGCAGACAAAUAAAAAGUUGCAAAAAGCUCAA